GCGACUCUUUUUCAAUAAAAUUUGUUAGAAAAUAAUUUUUAUCUGAGAAUUUUUAUCUAUCACGAAUAGGUUGACUUUUUUUGUAUAUUUUUUACAAAAAAACGUAACAUUUCCGUAAACAAUGGCUGAUCCUUCAGAACAUUUGUUAGCUUUGAAAGUUAUGCGCCUCACCCGUCCGACAUUGAUAAAUUCCCAGAUAGUCACGGCGGAGCCCAAAGAUUUGCCUCAGAACACCUUCGACAGCAUUCUGAAAUCAUCGGCAACCACCGUUCAGGAUUGCGAAACUUUAGCCGCGGGUCAAUUCAUGCUCUUGCCGCAGAGUUUCGGAAACAUUUACUUGGGGGAAACUUUCUCCAGCUACGUUUGUGUCCACAAUUGUCGAGCUCAUCCUGUGAGCAAUGUUUCCGUGAAAGCCGACUUGCAGUCCAAUAAUACGAGGAUAAAUUUACCGAUCCAUGCGGAUAAGCAGGGUCCAGUUUUGCUGCACCCAGACGAAACGUUAGAUGACGUCAUCCACCAUGAAGUGAAGGAAAUUGGAACGCAUAUUUUGGUUUGCGAAGUGUCCUACAUGACUCCAGCUGGACUGGAAUCAUCGUUCCGAAAGUUUUUCAAAUUCCAAGUCGUAAAGCCCCUGGAUGUAAAGACCAAAUUCUACAAUGCAGAAACCGACGAGGUUUACUUGGAAGCACAGAUACAAAACAUCACCGUCGGUCCCAUCUGUUUGGAGAAGGUUGAACUGGAGAGCUCGGAGCACUACACCGUGGUGUCGUUGAAUAAUUUAUCGUCGGGCGAAUCUGUGUUUUCCCAGAGAACCAUGCUUCAACCUAUGAAUAGUUGCCAGUUUUUGUAUUGUAUAAAACCCUUACCGGCUAUAAUGAAUGAUCCGAUGGCGUUGAAAGCUGCAAACAAUAUCGGAAAGCUGGACAUUGUAUGGAGAUCUAAUUUGGGGGAACGUGGUCGAUUGCAGACCAGUCAACUUCAGAGAAGCCCUAUUGAGUAUGGCGACCUCCGGCUGACGGUGAUUGAAGCCAACAGUACCGUAAAGAUAGGAGACGGGUUUGACUUCAAAUGCCGCGUGACGAACACCAGCGAACGUUCGAUGGAUCUGGUGAUGAACCUAAACACGAAAGCCAAAGUAGGUUGUGGUUACACAGGACAAACCGAGAUUAGCCUGGGACCACUGGAGCCGGGGAAGUACAAAGAAUUCAACCUUACGGUUUGUCCCGUUCGUCUGGGUUUGAUUACCAUCACAAACCUACAGCUUACGGAUGUUUUCAUGAAGCGGAAGUACGAAUUUGAUGACUUUGUGCAAGUAUUCGUAGUAGACGAGGACUAUAAGGAGGGUGAUUUCCAACUAGACAAAUAUGUUAGAUAUAGCAUUCCACAAGCUGUUUAAGGAUGUUCUUUGAUGAGUUAGUUUUAUUUAUUCGAGUUUCUAGUAUAGCAACUAAAAUAUCAUUCAAACAAUAAAGACAUUGUAUGCCUCAUGUAAA